AUGCCCCUCCAAGGAUCUGCGUACUAUGUAAAUGCUAGAUUCGGCGUCGACUGGUACCUCAUAGCAGCCAAUGUUAUCAACGGUCUAGCGGGUGGGCUUCUUUACGUCGGCGAAACGACAGCCAUGUUAUGCUACCCAAGGCCAGAAGAGAGGGGGUUAUACCUUGGCAUCUGGUCGGCUAUGCGAAGCUCCGGAAGCUUGAUCGGUGGUGCGAUAAACUUUUCCACGAACUCAGACAGAGCCUCUGCUGGAGGCAUUGCAUGGGCGACAUAUCUGGUCUUUGUCGGAUUCGAAUGCACUGGAGUUCUUUGGGCGCUGUCACUGUCCCCCACACCCCGAGUGCGUCGUCGCGAUGGCAGCAAGGUUCCCAUGUCGGGGAGGGUUACUUGGACGCAAGAAUUUGUUGCUCUGUGGAGUACUCUACAAAGCAACAAGGUCUGGUUGAUCUUCCUGCCCGCGUUCUAUUCUUUCUUUUACGGAGGGACGAUGGGUACCUAUCUCUCGCUACACUUCUCGGUCCGCGCUCGCGCUCUUUCAUCUUUUCUUCUCCCCGCCAUUACUAUUCCGUCGGUCGUCAUAUUCGGCAAGCUUCUAGACAGCCAGCGGUGGCCCCAGCGGCCCAAGGCAUGGGUUGCAUUCUCGCUGUGGAUCCUGCCACAAACCGGUUGUUUCAUCUGGGUCGCUUUCGAGUACCACUACCUCGGCAAUAAAACGGCGCUGGAUUACGGAUCGUGA